UCGUCCAAAUACUCGAAGGAAGUGGUCAAAACUCAAAGGAAAAGAAAAAAAUCAAUUUUUAUAAGCAAUUCUGAAGAAAAUGUCCUUCAAGGAGGUGAGAGAUUUAGCUGAACAUUUAAAGCUGCUGGGUUAUCCUCAUACAUUUCCCUUGCAAGCCUUAUCCUCCAAUUUUGGUUGCUUGGCCUCCUUCUAUGUGGUGGCCGAGGUGCUGCAAUGGUUGGCCGGCCUUUUGGAGCCGGGAGCCAUAUUACCAGGAGGUAUAAACACACAGGAGGAACGAGUGCUGCUGAUACGUUCGGCCACCGAAUUCUUUGUCACAAAAUCAGCCAUUAAAUUGAAUCCCCGCAAGCUUUAUGCAGCCUCUGCAGUAACGGCAGGGGAAUUGCAGAAAAUCACUCGCCUUUUGAUAGCGCCCAGUGCCAAUGAGGAUAACCAGGAAGAAGAGGAUAAUUAUCGCAGUUUAAAUCAAGUGGACAUUGGUGAUAAAAUCGAGGAUUUGCGUAGAGCUCGAGAGCUAUCAUCGGAUUUAACACAAAGGGGAGCCACCCUUCAUGAGCUGUUACAAAAGGAAAUGAACAACAAGGAGGCCAGAUUGGCCCAGGCAAAUCGACCCAUGGAAUUGGCGUCUGUGGAGAGGACGCUUAAAAAUGCAGUGGCCUCUUCGCAGCUUAAACUGCAAGCGAAUAAGGCACAACUGGAAAAUGCGCGUGUCGAGCUCAAUGCCUUGCAAUCGAAGCUACAAAGAAAGAAGGCCGAAUUGGAGAGAACCAAACAACGUUUGGAGGCUUUGCAGAAAAUACGUCCCGCUCAUAUGCAGGAGUUCGAGGAGUAUGAAAAAGAAUUGAAAAAUCUCUUUCAGCAAUACUUUCUGCGUCUGCAUAUACGUGAUGCCUUGAGGGCCCAGUUUGAGGCUCGCACUAAACGCUCCACACCUAUUUCGUCGCCUUUGCUGCAAAAGACCAAUGAGAAUUCAAUGCCUUUUAUACCCGAAGGCCUGUUGGCCGAUGACGAUGACGAUUUGGAUGAUGAUGAGGCUCGUUUAGAGGGUAGUUCUGCCUUGGACAAUGAAAUACCUCAGGAUCAUCCCUCCAUGAAGAAUAUGAAAAAUGCUGCCUCUAACAAAAGACCGGGUACGGCAACUUCACGUAUGCGUCCCACAACUGGGAGAGGGCGCAAAGGCACUGCUCUUAUGAAUGCUGCCGCUGCAGGAAGAAAUGAUAAUUCCGGCACCUCAGAACAGCAGGAUAUGGAAAAUGACAGCUCAUUUGGGAGCACAGACAGUGACUUCGAUAUGGCUGAACUGUUGGGCAUUAGCACCAAUGCUACAGGCGGUGCAGUUUUGGGAUCAAAUGGUCCCCCAAAUCUGGAUGAUGAUGAUUUCGAUUUGAAUUCAAUGGACAGCAUAAGCAUUUCAAAGAUUACCGGUGAAUUGCAAGUGCGUCCAAAGACUGCAAUUAAACCUGAACAUCACAGCGAUGAAGAUUUUUAAAUAGAAGUGACAUACAUACAAAUGACUUACAGCUACAUACUUACGAACAUAUAUUUUGAGAUUUAAACUUUUGAAUAAAUAUAAAGCUUUGGUUUUUUACCAAGCUUACAACACCAAAACUUA